UCGUGUGACUGUUGUUUAGAGGUGAAGUGUAUAAAAACGAUUGCUGUGAGGCACUUAAAUAUUAACAUUUUUCUUUAAUAAGAAGCGCUAAGUUGCACUCAUUGUGUUUGUGCAUUUUAAAUAUGAAUUAUAAAAUAUUUUGAAAAAUAUUCGGAAAUUCUCUUAUUCACAAAUUCUUAUUUGAAAUAAGCCAAAAAAUUAUUUAUAUUUGUUUUAAAAUAUGAAAACAAGUUAAAAAGACUUAUUAAAAGAAGCUGUGUACAUGGAAAAAAUAUUAUUCUGAAUAGAUUUGGUUACAGAAUAAAAUUGAAAUAAGAAUGUUGCCAAUGAUGAAUCAACGUCUUCCUCACAUGCCGCCGCAUCACAGUCUGGGAUUAUUAAAUUCUUUUAUUCAUCAUGCUAGUCCUCUUGACCUCAUGACUGCACAUCAUCAUGAUCAUCCACCAACCCGUACCUACAACACUCAACCGUCCUUUGUUCCUGCAGAUCCUACCGAAAAUGAAUGCAAAAUUGUUGAAUAUCGCGGACAAAAAGUGGCUGCAUUUAUCAUACAGGGAGAAACAAUGUUAUGCUUGCCACAAGCAUUUGAUUUGUUUCUAAAAAAUUUGGUUGGAGGAUUACACACAGUUCAUUCAAAAUUAAAACGUUUAGAUAUUGUUCCAUUGGUGUGUACAGUCGAACAGAUACGGUUAUUAAGAGGUUUAGGUGCUCUUCAGCCUGGCGUCAAUCGGUGUAAAUUAUUGGCCAGUAAACACUUUGACAUUCUCUACAGGGAUUGCACAACAGCAAGGUGUUUGUCAGUAAAGCCAAAUGAAAGUUCAAGACGAGGACGGCCACCUAAACAAGGUCUUAGCGGUUUAUCAUCAUACGAAGAUUUCAACGAUGAUGAUUCAAUAAGGCUUAAAAAAUAUCGAAUAGAUGAAAAGGAUUCUUCUCAUGAUGACUUAAAUGGGAAAUCAAAAUACAUAACUGCUGAUUAUGCACCAUCAGCAAUGCACAUGCAAUUUAUGCAAAUGAAUCAGCAUCGUUUGGCACAAUCAAAUGCAAUGAUGAGCACAGAUAUGCAGGCGCAACAUCUUCAUCGAGCAAUUGAAGAAAACAAUAAUAAAAAUUCCAACAUAGCUAAUUUGAAUCGAGCAAAUCUAUGGGAGACAUGCAGUGCAUCUUAUGAGAGCUUUGUGAAGAAUCUUGAAAGAUUAAGGAAGGAAAAAAUGGAAGAGAAUGAGCAUGAGAAUGAAAACCAAGUAACAUCAGGUAACAUGUCACCUUCUAAUGAGAGUCCAGUUCUUAACUUAUCGAAGAAUAAACGUGAUUCUUCUAUAACACCUGAAUUCGAAAUAAAUGCCGUCUCCCCUGAACCACAAAAUGUUGAUAACAGUCUUGAUGUAGAUGACGCUUCAGACAUGGAAGUCUCGGAGAGUUCAUUACACUCUCGCUCACCACAAUCACCACCCAAUUUGAAUAACAAAUUAAAUUUUCAUCAGCGCGACUUUGCAAGGCCACCACCAUCUAUCGCCUUUCCAUCUACUGAAAUUCUUCUGAGAAAUAUUCAAGAGCUGUUGAAAGUUGUUUUAGAAAACUCAAUUCAACAUGAACAGCAAAUAAGUUUUGAAAAAGCUGAACUUAAAAUGAAUGCUUUGAGAGAACGUGAAAUUAAUAGCAACUUAGAACGGAGACUUUCAGAGGAACAAAAAUUAAGAGCUUUAUACCAGAAGCGGUACAAUCGAGAUCGCAAAUUUCGAUUUAAAUUGCAGAGACAAAUUGAAGAGGAAUAUGAGAAGCACCAACGAUUAGAGGAAAUAUUGAAAACUUCGGGAACAACCGACAGUCUCAAAUGUUUCUCAGAAUUUAUGGGAGACAAUAAGGUGUUGAACAACACGAGACAGGUCGGUGCAGGCGAACGUAGCGAUUGUGAAAGUGAAGAUAAAAUGUCGAACUCAACAAUUUCAACCGAUACCAAGGAAAAGGAAAUGUCUAGUCCAAAAUCAAACUAAUGAAAAUGAUAUAAAUGUUUUAUUUUAUAAAUAAAAAAAAAAGAAAUACUCAAGCUCAACUAAUUAUAUCUAAAAACAAAAAACAAAAUGUAAAUAAAGGUGAAAUACUCGAUUUGAUGACACAUAAAUUAAGAAAAGCUUUUCAAAUCGAU